AACCGGUCAUUAAGUGUUUAAAUCCAACGCGAGUUGGUUGUGUCGGAUUUCUCUACGGAGGGGAACGCUAUUAAAAUAUCCACAAGCAUUAUCUUUAAUUGGACGGAGUUGUGUGUCUGUGUGCGUUCGAGAUUCGCGUUAUUUUUUGUUUUUGUUUUCAGUUAUAUAUUUUUUUUGUUUUUCGAUUCGUUCCCGCGACUGUUCUCUCGUUUGAUGACUGUUAUCGGCCGUGUUUAGUGAUCGGUUGUGAUUUGAGCGGUGGUCGGUUGUUUGAUUGUUGAAAAUGACCUCGAUAACCUGAUGUGACGGGUUUUCAUUGAACCGAUUCGACUCUAAAUUCGAGAUUACGGAAAAUGACACCACGUGCUCAGCGAAUAAUGCCAGCCUAAUUGUUAACCAAUUACGUCGCCCGUCCUUAUUCUUUAUAAUUGCUACGUAACAAUUUUGCGUGCUCCGCCCUGGCCCAGUGUUAAACUUCCCAACGUUUUCAAUUAGAAACAUUCCAGAACAAAAAAAUUCGAAUCUCGAUUCUAAUUCUAGAAUUGGCCGUUGCAAAUUUCGAAAAGUAACUGUUGCGUUCCGAAUUCAAAAAUCGCGCCUGUGUUUAAAAAUACGUGUGUGUUUGAUAUUAACUUAAAAAAAAAAAAAAAAUUGUGUGACGUUAUUUGUGGUGUCAAUAUUAAUAAUAGUGAAGUGAUGCUGUGUUUGUUCGCUUGAUUAAAAUCAAAACCGCUAAUCAAGCGGGAUACCCGAGAAGAACAAGAAAGCCCUCAAAAUUACCCGAAUUCAAUCACCAAACAACAAACCCAGCACCCUGAGUUUUACAGAUCCGUUCGGGCCUCCCCAGUCCACGGACGGGGGGGGCCCUUCCACCCCUCAGCCCGCUAUGACAUCACAGGAUAACCUCGACCACCACCACCUGGGGGGCUCGCAGACCCCCCACGAUAUAUCGAAUUCAGCCAACUCGACCCCCACGAAUGUGUCAAAAUCUGCGUUUAUAGAAUUACAGCAGCACGGUUAUGGGCCUUUCAAGGGGGGGUAUCAGCAUCCCCAUCAUUUCGGUAGUCCGGGGGGUCAGCAGAAUCCUCACGAGGCAUCAGGGUUUCCCAGUCCUAGAUCAUUAGGUUAUCCUUUCCCUCCUAUGCACCAAAACACGUAUGGGUACCAUUUAGGGUCUUACGCGCCGCAGUGUGCAAGUCCGCCCAAAGACGAGAAAUGCGGUCUCUCGGACGAUCCCGGUCUCCGCGUGAACGGCAAAGGGAAGAAGAUGAGGAAGCCCCGCACAAUAUACUCCAGCCUUCAACUGCAACAGCUGAACAGGAGGUUCCAGAGGACGCAGUACCUCGCGCUACCAGAGCGGGCAGAGUUGGCGGCCAGCCUCGGACUAACGCAGACGCAGGUGAAGAUAUGGUUCCAAAAUCGUCGGAGCAAAUACAAGAAGAUGAUGAAGGCAGCCCAAGUCGGAGCUCCCCCGCCCAGCCUGGGUCUCCCACCCGGAAGCCCACCAAGCAACAACCAGCUCUUACAUGGUGGUGGAGGAAGUUCCAGUGGCUCCCAGCAUUCACCUUCAGCGUACCAAAGCGGAGGACCGACACAGGCUCACUCGCCCACACCCAGUUCGACACCCGUGUCGGAACUAUCCCCCGGACUGUCCCCCACUGGUACCCAUUGGGACGUUAAGCAGCCCCCUCAAGCUUCUUGGGACGUAAAGGUCGGAUAUCCGACUGCGGGACGCUCCCCUGAUGGGAGCUCGUGCGACGUCAAACCCCCUCACCAGCAAUCAUGGGACCCCCGAGUGGGAUAUGAGGGUUAUUUCGCUCAAACGGAGGACAUUGAGGGCUCCCCAAGCGUGGACGGAGCAAGACGACCGAUGCCCUGGAUGUUAAAGGGCGCGCCUCCUGGUCCUUGGGACAUGAAGGGCGCGCAUGCCCACGCUCUCCAUCACCAGGGAGCCCCACAGCCUCACCCACCAUACGUACCGCAGUAUUCCUGGUAUCAAACGGACGCGAACCCUGGACUUCUAACGCUUUACUCGCAGGGUAUGGCCGGCAGUUUAGCACAUUACGGACACAGAAACGAGUGACAAAGUGAAAUGACAUCGCGGACACGCAAAAUCCAUGAUAAAAGAUGGCCGGCUCAACAAAAUGGCCGCCUCAACAAGAUGGCCGCCCCGAGACGCCGUUCUCCUUUCGUAAAUGAAAAAGGCACAACCAACUUUUUUGAAAUAAGAAAAAAUAAUUUAAACAUUAAAAGACCAUUGUAAAUUUUUUUUAUAAUUAAUUAAAACAAUAAAAAUAAGAUUUGUUCAUAAUGUAAUUGUAAAUGUUAUGUAUUGAAUAUUGACACGGAAUGCGGGAUGUGUUCGUAUAUCUUUAAUUGAAUACUGCCAGCUCUGAAUUAUGUUUCAAAAACAAUUGACUGUUUUUACAUAUUUUCCUAACAGACAGUGUUGCAAAAAUAUCAUUAUUACAGCAAUUUAUAUGAAUUACCUUUUUUUUUUAAAUCACUGCAAUUUUUUAUCAAUGAACAUAAUUAAUUUAUGAAGGAAAUCAUUUAUGUAAUUGUAAGCUUUAAUUUAUAUUAUGUCGUUUAGAAAAAUAAAUUAUAAAUCUUAAACGGAAGCACAAAAAAGUUUAUUGUGAUAAAUCAUUUUUAAAAGUUUUAAACCAAAUUUACAGGUACUGUGAAAAAUUGAUAAAUUAAAAUUCGAUGAUACCCUUUGCCUCAAUCAGUUUUAUGACAAUUGUAAAAAAAAAGAAGCUCAAAUCAAUAUUUCUAUGAUAUUAAAAUCUCUCAUAUGAGUAUUGAACAAAAAUGUAUAAUACUUUAGAUCACAAUCAAUAUUUCUAAAUAAAAAAUGGUCAUUGAAUUGUCAAAAAUACUAUCGAUAAGUAAAAUCGAUUAAUAGCAACGUUACCCUUUUUUUUUUUUGUUCUCUGUUCGAAAUAGCAAAGUUCCUUUUGCACAUUUUUUUUUUUUAAAUUUAAAAACGAUGCAUAAUCUGCAAACAAAAUGUAUUCUAUUUUAUUGCAAUAUCUUUAUUUGUAAAGUAAAGUAAACUAUUCAAGCUUACCGCCUAUGUAAUUAAAAUGUUUUAGUUCCAAUUAUCUUUUUUUCUUUUUCUUUUUAUCAUGAAUCUGUCGAAGCGGAAAACGUGAAUAGAUUACUUUAUUUGAAUGAAUAUGCUAAAAAGGGUGUUACGGGAUGUUUUAAAAAUAAUAAAUUGUGUAAAUAGUUUUUUUUUUUUGUAAUAUAUAGAAAAUAUAAAUAUAAUUAAAUCUCUAGAUAGCAUAAAUUACUUUAUAAUUAUAUUGUAUGUACGCUGUAAGGAACGUGGAAAUAAGAGAAAAAGUGAAUUAAUUUUUUUUUGUCAAAUAAAAAAAGUAAAAUAUC